AUGAAAAUCAAUGGGAAAUUUCCGGCAUGGAAAAAGAAGAAACGAAAGAACAAUGAUGAAAAAAGAGUUAAAAAUGGUACAAACAUAGUUUCCAUCAACGGAAUAUCUCGACAAAAUGGAGGACAGGACCCGAAUUUAGCGAUGUUGUCAGUAAAAAAGAAGAAAAGAUUACGAAAGAAGAAGAUCAAUGGUACAGCGAAAAUCCAAAUGAAAGAAGAGUUAAUGAAUUCGACAGUACAAAUGACUAACGGCGUUUUGACGAAAAAGACAAACAUGGAGAUGAAGCAGAUUAUUACGGCAUCAAGUCCACCAAAAACAAAAAUACAAUCAAUGACACCGAAAUCAGUUAACAACAACUCUACCCCGAUUUCAAAGAAACCAAAUGCAGCAAUUCCCUCCAAGAACGCUGAACCCAAGGCAAAGAAUUCACCACGGGAAGAUGCAACCUAUGAAAAGUUUAUUCGUCCUCAAUUGCCUAUUGAUGUCGUAGAACAACAAUUGAUGCACGAGCUGGCAUCCCAAGAAACACUUAUUGUGAUUGGUGAGACUGGAUCCGGAAAGUCAACACAAGUUCCUCAGCUAUGCGUUCGAGCUGGAAUUGCUGAAAAAGGUUUAAUCGCAGUGACAGAGCCUCGAAGGGUAGCCGCAGUAUCUCUUGCAUCUCGCGUCGCGGUCGAAAUGGGAACGGAUCUAGGUGGAACUGUUGGGUACCACGUUCGUUUCGAAAAUGUCACAUCCCAUAGAACGAAAAUUGAAUAUAUGACAGACGGUAUCGUUCUCAGGAAAGCCCUCGUUUCUCCUUUGCUCGACAAAUAUUCUACAGUAAUUAUCGACGAAGCUCACGAGAGGAGUCUUCAUUCAGAUGUUUUAAUGUGCAUUUUGAGAAAGUGUCAGGCACAGAGAAGAAGUACCGAUAAUCCACUCAGACUUAUUAUUAUGUCCGCGACUUUACAGGCAGACAAAUUCCAAGCUUAUUUCGAUAACGCAAAAGUGGUUCUAGUUUCUGGACGUACGUUUCCCAUCGAGAUUCAUCAUGUCAAUCCGAAGAUCAACAAGUCGUUUUCUGCGACUGAUUACGUAUAUAAUACGGUUAUUUGUGUGAAACAUGUUCAUUUGACUGAACCGAAAGGACACGAUAUCCUCGUUUUUCUGACUGGAAGCGAAGAAAUUGAAGCCGUUGCUCACCAACUUGCCGAACUGAAUGGAUCACUCCCGCGCGAGGCCGAUUUCAUCCUCCCAGUUCCACUUUAUGCAGCACUACGACCAGAAAAACAGAGAGAAGCUUUUCAAAAAACUCCACAGGGAGCGAGAAAAGUAAUCAUCUCAACGAAUAUUGCUGAAACAUCUGUUACGAUUCCUGGAAUCCGAGUUGUAAUCGAUUCUGGAAAGGUUAAAACCAAGAGAUUCGAAGCCUCAAAUCGAAUUGAUGUCCUGAAAGUGCACAAUGUAAGCAAGGCUCAGGCUAAACAACGUGCUGGUCGAGCUGGAAGAGAUGCGCCUGGAAAAUGCUAUAGACUGUACACUCGUGAAGACUUCCAAAAGUUUGAUGCAGAGAAUAUGCCUGAGAUCCUACGAUGUAAUCUAUCGGCAACAUUCCUUGAAUUGAUGAAACUUGGAAUGAAGAAUCCACAUCGUCUGGGCUGGAUCGAUCCACCAGAAUCACAGAAUAUUGAUGCAGCACUGUUGGAACUCACGUCUCUUGGAGCCAUUCGUCCGAUCAAUUCAGAUAGAAGUAAAUUUGUUCUCACAGAGAUGGGAGAUGUAUUUUGCAUGUAUCCACUAUCACCAGAACAUGCCAGAAAAUUGAAAGUUUUCAGAAUUCUGUUCCAAGCUCAAAAAGAAGGAUGCAUUAUGGAGGCUAUCAAGAUCGUUGCAGCCAUGCAAACAGAUGCACUCUUCUCUGGAGGAAGUGAUUCAAAAAGCGAUGCGGAAGUGGAAAGAGUUAGAAGGAAAUUUGAAACUAGAGAAGGUGAUCACAUCACACUGCUCAAGAUCGUUCUAACGACUAAUGAUUUCUUCGAUCAGCUGAACGCGAAAACAGAGGCUGAUGCGAGAUACAAUAAGUCCAAUAAAUCCCUAGAACGAGAAUAUAAUGAAGCCAUCCGGAAAUUCUGCAAUGAUAACAUGAUCAACGAGCAACAUCUGAAAACAGGAUCAAUGAUUGAAGACCAGUUGAAACAAAUCGCUAUCGAGCAGAACGUCAAGUUCUCUACCUGUGGUGCGGACUUAUCAAAGAUUAGGAAAGCGAUUGCCGUUGGACUAUUUCUCAACAGUUGCGAAUAUGAUCGUCAAGAAGAUCGAUAUCGAUUGAUGAUCAAUCCAGCGAUCACUGUGAAGAUUCAUCCAUCCUCAGCUCUAUCUAGAUCGAAACCAGCAUACAUUGUGUUUUCGGAACUCAUGAAGACCAAUGAUCUCUAUGCACUACAAGUCACCUUAAUUGAUGCUGAUUGGGUUCGUCCACUGAUCACCGAACACAAAAAGAUUCGUAAAAACCAUCUGGCCGAAACUGCCCAACGCAUUCAACAAAUCGCAAAAGUCGAGCCGAAAACAAAAAAACAGAAGCUCAUUGUUACUUUUUAA